CGGUCACAUUGUCCAACACGUGCGUAAACAGCAAAACGGUGGAAAUAAUUUUGAUAAUUUUGGCAAUUUAAGAACUCUAACAAUGGCCGACGAUGCCGGCCAGGACAAGCGCAAGCAGCACCGCGCCCGCCAGUCCGGUGUGAAGGCGGACAAGAAGAAGGAAAAGGCCAAGAAGGACUCAAACCAAAAAGAACCGGAGUUAACAGCGCGCCAACGGAAUCCCAAGGCAUUUGCCAUCAAUUCGGCACAGCGGGCGGAAAGGAACUUUCGACGCAAGGAGGAUCUUACGGCCAAGAAGCAGCACAUUCCGGUGGUAGAUCAAACCCCGGAUGAACCGCCACCGGUGCUUAUUGCCGUGGUGGGCCCGCCCAAGGUGGGUAAGACCACUCUGAUCAAGAACCUCAUCAAGAGCUUCACCCGCACGAAUGUGACGGACAUCAAGGGUCCCAUCACCAUAGUGACGUCGAAGAAGCGCCGGAUCACGCUGCUGGAAUGCAACAACGACGUAAACUCUAUGAUCGAUGUGGCCAAGUGCGCGGAUCUGGUUUUGCUUCUCUGCGACGCAAGCUAUGGCUUCGAGAUGGAGAUAUUUGAGUUCCUCAACAUCUGCCAGGUGCACGGCAUGCCCAAGAUCAUGGGCGUACUUACCCACCUGGACAUGAUCAAGAACCCCAAGCAGCUGCGGAAGCGCAAGAAGGAGUUGAAGCAUCGCUUCUGGACGGAGGUCUACGAUGGCGCCAAGCUCUUUUACCUUUCCGGCUUGCUACACGGCGAGUAUUUGCGCAAUGAGGUCAAAAACUUGGGAAGAUUCAUCUCCGUAAUGAAGUUCCGGCCGUUGCAGUGGCGCGGUGCUCAUAGCUAUCUCCUCGUGGAUCGGGUGGAGGAUGUCACGAACACCGAUCGUGUGCGUCGCGAUCCGAAAUGCGAUCGUGAAGUAGUUCUGUACGGCUAUGUGCGCGGUGUGGCCCUCAAACAGGAGCAUAUGGUGCAUAUCGCCGGGUUAGGCGACGCCCGCAUUGAUGAAUUAAGCGCUAUUCCCGAUCCAUGUCCACUGCCAGGCACCGAAAAGAAGCGAAGUCUGCUGGAGAAGGAACGCUUGCUGUAUGCCCCCAUGUCCGGAGUUGGUGGCAUUGUUUACGACAAGGAUGCAGUGUACAUCGAGCUGCAGGGCUCUCACUCGCACAAGGAGCAGGAGCAGAGUGCGGAGGCUGCUGAGCAGGCGGAACUCGUCAGCAAGCUGAUCGACAAGAAGGCUACCAUUGACGAGCAGAUGGAACAGCAGGAAUUCCGUCUCUUCUCCGAUGCCCAGCCCAUCAAGUCGAAGGACUUCCGCAACGACAUUGAGGAAGAAGAGGCGGAGGAUGAAAGCAGUGACGAUGAUGACGACGAUGAAGAGGGUGAGGAUUCCGGUCUGGAAGCGGCUGGCAGUGAGGAGGAACAGGAUGAGUUUGAUGCGGACGAUUGGCGUGGCGAAAACAGCGAGGCGGAAGAGGAUGCUGAGGACUCCGAUGCCGCCUCUUCUGGCGACGAGGAGUACCAAAGCCUAGGAGGCGUUAAAACAAGCAAAGAAUCUGACUCGGAGGAUGAGGAGGCCCGUGUUAUGGCCAGCAAUAUGAGCUGGAAAACGAACCUUGCCCAAAAGGCACGUGAUGCCUUCCUUCAGCGUCACUCGGAGUCCAAGAACUUGAUGCGCCUCGUCUACGGCGUCUACAAUCAGAAUGAACGUAGCCGGCAGGAGGCGGAAGGUGGAGAAGACGCCGGAGACUCUGAUGAGGAAUUGGGUGGACUUUUCCGAGUGGCCGCUAAGAAGCAGAGCCAGCAGCAGAAGGACAGGGACAUUCAGGAUAAGGAUGAGCGUUGCUUCUUCGAGUACCAGGGCGAUGCCACCCGCGAUUGGCUAUCGGAGGAGAACAAGGCCUUGAUCAAGAACUGUUUCGUGACCGGCAAGUGGAAGGCCAGCGAGGAUGCCGAGAAUCUGCUCAAGAUGGAUGACAUGAGUGAUGCGGACAGCGAGGUUUACGGUGAUUUUGAGGACCUGGAGACAGGGGAGCAGCACAGCGGCAAACCCAAGGCAGAAGGCGAAGGAGAAUCCGAGGAGGAGGGUGCGAAGCCAGGGGGAACUGCAGGAGCUACCAAGCGUAAAAUGACUCGUGUGGAAGAAGAGAACCUCACAAAGGCCGAGCUUAUGGCAAAGAAGCUCAAGCUUAAGGCCAAAUUCGAUGCGGAAUACGAUAACAGUGGCGAAGGCAAGGGAGAAGAUGACAAUGGUCGUAUCACCGGAGAUCAUUCCUUCUACGAGGACCUUAAAGCAGAAGCUCAGCGUCAGAGUGAGUUAAACAAAAGCGAGUUUGCCCAUUUGGACAACGAGUUUCGUAUCCAGAUCGAGGGCUAUCGGCCGGGGCUUUAUGUGCGCCUGGGAUUUAAGCAGCUGCCCGCGGAGUUUGUGGAGAAUUUUGAUGCCAGCUAUCCUGUGCUGGUCGGUGCCUUAAACAUGACCGAGGAGAAUGUGGGCUAUGUCAACUGCAAGGUAAAGAAACAUCGCUGGUACAAAAAGAUCCUAAAAACGGGCGAUCCCCUCAUCGUUUCGAUGGGCUGGCGACGCUUCCAAACGGUGGCCAUCUUCGCCAAGGUGGAAGACAACUUCCGGCAGCGCUACCUCAAGUACACGCCCAACCACGUUACCUGCAGCAUGACCUUCUGGGGUCCAAUCACUCCUCAGAAUACGGGCUUUCUAGCUCUACAGACGGUUCGCCAGGAUCAGGAGGAGAUGCAAAGGCUGGGCUUCCGCAUAGCGGCCACGGGCUGCGUCACCGAACUUGACAAAUCCUCGCAGAUCAUGAAGAAGCUUAAGUUGGUGGGGCAUCCCUUUAAAAUCUACAAGAAGACCGCCUUCAUAAAGGACAUGUUCAACUCGUCGCUGGAAGUGGCCAAGUUCGAGGGAGCCAAGAUAAAGACUGUGUCUGGCAUCCGCGGCCAGAUCAAGAAGUCUCACCACACGCCCGAGGGCUCCUAUCGAGCCACCUUUGAGGACAAGAUCCUGCUCAGCGACAUCGUCUUCUGCCGCACCUGGUUCCGUGUGGAAGUUCCUCGAUUCUAUGCACCCAUAACCUCGCUCCUCCUGCCGCCCGACCAGAAGAGCCAGUGGCAGGGCAUGAAGACGCUGGGCCAGCUGAAGCGGGAGCGGGCCAUGCAGAAUGCCGCCCAGCCAGACAGCAUGUACACGGAGAUUGUGCGCAAGGAGAAAAUCUUCCGGCCGCUGACCAUACCCAAGGCCCUGCAGCGGGCACUGCCCUACAAGGACAAGCCCAAGCUGCGUGCCGAGAAUCCCAAGGCGGCACUUGAACGGGUGGCUGUGAUUAACUCGCCUUACGAACAGAAGGUGGCCAAGAUGAUGAAGAUGAUCACGACGAACUUCAGGGAUAAACGCCAUCGCGAACGCCUGGAGACGAAGAAGCGGAUCAAGAACUAUCGAGAGAAAAAGAGCGAGAAGAUGGCCUCCAAGGAGCGGCGUCAGAAGGAGCUGCGGAAGAAGGUCUCGCGGGCCAUCAGCAAAAUGCGAGGGAAGCAGUCUGCCUAGGAUUUUGUUGUGUUUUCAGAGCAGAAAUGAAGAAACUUUCCCAAAACCCAAAUAACAGCUGAAACUUGGUUACAUUUCAAAUAGAAUUUAC